CGCAGCAGAUCAGGCUUAGGAAGCCCGAUUUUAGAGUUGGCUUGAGAUACGGUGCAGUUUUAGUUGAGACAAAAAAAAAUUGCAUCUUUCAACGCUUUCCUAAUUUUGUUUUCUUGGCUAAAAGACGCCCUUUUAUCUCGCCACUUAAACUUCAUAUUUUUCGCGAUCUCUCGGGACUCCCCGUUUGGCAAAAGGAUCUUACUUGAGCGCGUAGUGUCGCGACUGUUGAAAUCUUUGAUUUGAAGUUUUUUUUCGUACGAGAAAAGUAACAACAAUGGCUGUUGCUGCCGCACAGAAGAACCGCGAGAUGUUCGCCAUCAAGAAGUCUUACAGCAUUGAGAACGGAUAUCCAGCAAGACGUCGUUCUCUCGUAGAUGACGCUCGUUUUGAAACACUGGUGGUGAAACAGACGAAGCAGAGCGUGCUUGAAGAAGCACGCCAGCGAGCGAAUGAUACCACCGAUCCAACAAUUUAUGGACAGGAGCAGAUUAAGAAGGAGGAUCAGCCUUUUGCCGACUCGUCGACUGAAUCAUCUAGCGAUGACGAGCAACAAGAGACUCUUGCUUGUGCUGCUAAAGAAGGAGAAGCUAAAGCGGAAGCUUCAUCCUCUGACGGCGAGGGGAAAGGUGACGACGAUGAUGAACAUUUUGGCUUAACCGAGGAAGAAGUUGUAUUGGCGCGCACCAUCUCCGAGAAUCCUGACGAUCAGUCAUUGCAAUCAGCCGCAAUGGUUCUGCGCUUGAAGGAAGGUAUGACUACAUUACCACGUAUCCUCAAGACCAUCGAGAACUUCAAGGGUCAAGUGGCUCAUGUAGAGACGCGCCCAUCGAAACGAGACAAUCAAUUCGAUGUGUUGGUCAAGGUGAACAUGAGUCGACACAAUUUAGCAUCACUGAUCAGAAAUCUACGUCAAGGAUCAUCCCUCGGUGGAUUAACUCUUUUGCAAGACAAGACUAACGCUGUCACCGUGAAAGAUCCAUGGUUCCCACGUCACGCUUCUGAUCUUGACAACUGCAAUCAUCUGAUGACCAAAUACGAGCCUGAUCUGGAUAUGAGCCAUCCUGGUUUCGCCGACAAAGAAUACAGAGCUCGUAGGAAGCUUAUUGCCGAGAUCGCUUUUGCUUAUAAAUAUGGAGAUCCAAUCCCAAGCAUUCCAUAUACCGAGACCGAGAACGAGACCUGGAGGCGUGUAUUCAACACUUUGGUCGACUUGGUACCCAAACACGCUUGUAAGGAAUAUCAGCGCGUUUUUAAGAAACUCACCGAGGAGAAGAUCUUCCAACCACACUGCGUACCACAACUCCAGGAAGUCAGCGAUUUUUUGAAGAGGAAUACUGGUUUCACGCUUCGCCCUGCUGCUGGUCUACUUACCGCGCGUGACUUCCUAUCAAGCCUUGCAUUUAGAAUAUUCCAGAGCACUCAAUAUAUUCGUCAUAUUAACAGCCCUUACCACACGCCCGAACCUGAUGCAAUCCACGAACUGCUUGGACACAUGCCUUUGUUGGCCGACCCAAGUUUUGCUCAAUUCUCCCAGGAAAUCGGUUUGGCAUCUCUUGGUGCUAGUGACGAGGAAAUCGAGAAGCUUUCAACUAUCUAUUGGUUCACCGUUGAGUUUGGUCUCUGCAAGGAAGGAAAUGAAACCAAAGCUUAUGGUGCUGGUUUGCUCUCCGCUUAUGGUGAGCUUCUUCAUGCUCUUAGUGAUAAAUGUGAGCACCGGCCAUUCGAACCAUCCACCACUGCUGUUCAACCUUAUCAGGACCAAGAAUAUCAACCAAUCUACUACGUAGCUAACAGUUUCGAAGAUGCCAAGGAGAAAUUCCGUCGUUGGGUAUCGACGAUGUCACGACCAUUCGAAGUAAGAUUCAAUCCCCACACGCAGAACGUUGAAGUACUUGACAGUGUUGAAAGGUUGGAAGGUGCAGUAUCACAGUUGAACAUAGAACUAACUCAUCUGACAAAUGCCAUUAACAAAAUGAAGACAUCGUUCGCGUAACCGGCAACUACUGAAAACGAAGACGACGACGAUGAUGAUGAUGAUAAUGAUGAAGAACACGAGGGGGUAGAUGAUGAAGAUGAGUUGUCGACCGAUCAAAUGCGCCAGGACUAUUCGCUCAAGGACCAACUCAAGAGACGCGCGCGUUCAUCGUGGAUCAGGUAUCGGCGACAGUUCUGCCAUGCCCUUUAAGCAUAUAUAUCAUGAUAAUGUAUAUAUAAAGAUAUUUACGCGUAGAUUAGACAUCUUCAAAAGGGAAAAAAGUAUCAUAAAUGUUGGUGUUCUAAAUUAUAAUCGGUAGAUAUGUUGCCGUCACAUUUGGGCAGGCCGAUAUAUAGGAUUUUUCUUAUAUCUAUAUGCCAGCCUUUUGAUUCUAAGUGUCGACAUUUGUGUCUUUAAUUUUUUUUUAAUUUGUCCGCUUACAUAGAAUGGCAGAACGCACAUAUAGUACGCAGAUUUCAAACUUUAUUGUUGUUGCUAACUAAAAAAGUACACGUUAUCUCCAGUUCGUAAGAAUGGGGUAAUUGUGUUGCUCUACCAACGAAUGCUUUAGAAAUAAGAAGUGAACUCUUGUUAUUUGAUCGUUCAUUCAUUCUCAACACAUUAACUAUCAAAGAAACGAUAUGUUCGCUAGGAUUAUACAAAUUAUAUAUUAGAAACAUACUAAGCCACGACAAACACGACUUUUACCAUUUUACACAUGUAUACAUAUACACAUAUGCACACACACACACACGCGCGCGCGCGCACGCACGCACGCACAGAGUUGCAUACACGCAUUUUAUGGCAGAAAAUUAAUCGAUAUAUUAAACGUAUGUACGUUGCAGUCGGUGUAUACGUGAAUACAGUAAUAUUUCUUUUUCCUUUUAAAAAGGUUAUUUUUCAAUAGUUGUUCGAUUGAUGUCUACACUCUCGACAUGUUUUUUUGGAAGAUUCUCACUGAGACCAGAGUUAAUUUGUAUAUUGUCUUCGGAAAAUUACACAUAGCGGCCUGAGAAAAUCCUUUGAGACAUGUCAGAGUUCAAACAAUGUCGCGGUUAUACGAUUGCAUGAAAAGAAAAUAUUUGAUAAAUACGAAUAAUCGAUGAUUUUUUUCAUUAUCGUGUAAAGAUAAAUACACGCACACACGCACAUGUACACCUUCGUUAUCGUUCAUCAGGUUUUAUUAUUCCUUAUCUCGCCCUUUGUAUAAAGUCUCGCUCCUUCUCCAUUUACUGCGUUCGAUUUUUAUUUUAUUUUUACUUCUCACUGUUUUCUUUUUUGUCCCUUUCUCUUCUAUCUUUCAGUGUAUUUUCAAUUUUUCUUUUUCAAACUUUUACGCGGAAGAAGCGCACGUGCGGUGUAGCAUAUGCGACCUGAAAGUAUUAUUAGUUUGCGGAUAAGACAACACGCUCGGAGAGUCGGACAUUUUUUUUUUCAUUUUUCUAUAAUGACGAUCUUUGUAAAAUUAUUCGGUUGAUGUGAAUUUCUUUUUUUUCUCUCUCCGACUUCUGAUUUUUAAGCGCAUGCUCCGAGCGAACCGCACGUGCACAUAAACACUAUUUGUUUAUAUUAUUUUAUUAUAUAUUUUAUUGUAUUAAUUGUGUAUCUUAUAUCAAUAUGUUAUUCCUAUGUUUUAUUGUUAGCGUAUUUCUGUAUAUCAGCUAAUUUAAAAGAACAAUCAACUAAAACAGCAAGCAUCUGCCUGAACUGCUAGGAUUGUACAGAUAAUUAUCUACACUCUAUAUGCACAGUUUAUUCGAAUACAGUGUAUUUUGUUUAUUCAAAGUUGUCAUAGCUAAUUAAAAACCAUAGUUAAGAGAUUAGAAUCACCCUUGCUCAAGGUAACAAAUUUCAUUCUCAACUAAUGGACAAUAAAUAUUCUUUUUUAAGACUCUUAACUGUUCUGGUUAGCAAUGAUACUUCUUGUGAUCUUGUUAGUUAAAACCGAAAUGUAAAAUUGAUACGUUUUUCAUCUAUAUAAAAUUUGUUGUUUUUUAUAAUUAUUAUUAUUCUUUUGUGUUUGUGUAUGAGAAAGUCAGACGCGAUUAUAUAAUCCAAAAUAACGAGUUGCGCGUGUUAAUUAUUCAAUAAAACGUAUCAAAGAAAGUACAUGUAUUAAAAAACAAAUAAAAUUUAUGCAUUCCAUAUAUCAAAUAACGAGUAUAUAUUUCAAUAAGAUCUCUUUGCCGACCUUGUGUAAAAGAUGUUUAGCGUGUAUCGGUUAAUUGUUGGUAUUGUACUUAAAAAUGUUUGAGAGGAUUAAGAUAUAGAAAAUCAGUAAUUACUUUCACGACAAAAUUUCUUAACUACUUUUUUUGACAAUUAUAAUUACUCAUAGUACACACUAUAAGUAUUACAUUUAUGCCUCUACGUAGCAAACAUAACCAGCAUUAACAGAUAGCACUUAAAUACCUAUGUGACUCACUUCGUUUGUAUUAUAUUGUAAAAUAUCAGCAUAAUAAAUGAAUUUAA